CCUUUUUUUUUAACAAUAAAUUUGGGCCCAAACUUCACGGUAUAUGACACCAAAUGUCGUCGUGUUGUAUUGUACGUACUGCACCCACUGCAUUAGAAUCGAGGCAAUAAAUGUUGUUUGGUACGUUGCUAAGCAACCCCAAGUUUUAGUGUAACCAAAAGAGGAGAAAGCUAAGGGGGAGUGAGCAAAUCUCAGUAAAAAAGAACUACCACAAAAGUAGCUUAACCUUAAAGAAACAAAAGUUAUGUCAAGUCAGGAAGAAUCAGCAGACGUGGGCAGAGUCCUGGCUUUUCUCCGGGAAUGGGACAGAGGAGACAACACGGUCCGGAGCCGCAUUUUGAAAACAUUCCUUACACAAAGCUCAGAGAAAACUUUCUAUCAACUGGAGUGUGAGUUUGCACAGAUCUCGAGUCUCUUCCUGGCUCGACUCACCACCUGGAUGAGACUCACAUAUAUGUUUGGAACACACUUGGGACUCCAGUUAAAAUCUGUCCAGGUUUUCCUGUCUGCGUCAGGCCAUGAUCAGUUUCUGAUGGAGUUCCUGGAGGAUGGAGGCGUCCUCACCCUGCUGGACAUACUGAGCCACACGCACAACAAAGAGAAGGCCAAUGAGGUCGCUCUUCGUCUUCUUCUCACUGUCUCGAACGCUGGACGCAAAUAUAAAGAGUUUAUCUGUGAAAGUCGAGGUGUCAAGGUGAUCGCAGAGUGUCUGACCAAGUCCACCAGAGUGGAGAACAGACAGACGGCUGUGGCUCUGCUCGAGUCCCUGUCCCAUGGAAACCCCAAACACCAAAAUCAGAUUUACAAAACUCUCAUCACCGUCAUGGACUGUAGCUGUCCUAAUGUCCAGCACCUGGUCCUACACACUCUUCACAUCAUUCAGUCCAAGAUGAAGACCGCUCACGAGAGUAUUGUGGAGCCGCUGUUGAACGUGCUCAAGUCCUUGCACCUGGAAGUCCAGGAUGAGGCUAUCAACCUCAUCCUGCUCCUGAAGUCUUUUGAAGUGAGACCAUUAAUUGUCAACGGUCUUGUUUCUCUGCUGAAACCAGCGAAAGAAGAAGAAGUGAAGUCAAGAGAGAUCACAGAAGAUCCAGAGUGUGUCGCGUCCCUGCCUGUGUUUAUGCAACAAGCUGCUGCAGCUAAAGCUAUAAGGUUGUUGGCUGAAGGAAAUCUAGAGCUUUCUCGUGAAUUUCUAUCUCUUGGUGUGAUUGAACAUCUUCUAUUUGCUCUGGGUAACCACGAACACACUGACGCCCAGGUACAAGCCAGCCUGGCCUUGGAGCACUUUGUCCGAUCAUUUCCUGCCGCAGAGGAACGUGUUCGGAGUGUGAUGGGAUAUGCACUGUUCACAGACUUCAUGACCAACCCCAAAACACUGUACAUGAAUCUUGACGAAAAACGGGCAGAAACCCUACAAAACAACAUGGUCUAAGGGUGAUGACCUGUCAGUGACAGACAAGUGAUAUAGUUGCACUACUUUUAGCCUGUAGUACAGAUUUAUGCA